AGGAGCGAAUGCGAGAACGCUCCGAGUUCCAGACCAAGCUCGCCGAGUUCUUUCUUGAGGCCGACGUGGAUGGAUCGGGCUGUGUGUCGCGCGAUGAGUUCCAGGUCAUUCUGAAGGAUAAGAACGCCGCGUCUUUUCUGGACAGCCUCGACUUGCAGGUGUCCGAUGCUCACAGGUUGUUCGACCUAUUGGACGAUGGCUCUGGGCAGGUCACAUAUCAAGAGUUCCUGGAUGGGUGCAUGCGCCUCAAAGGGCAGGCGAGAAGUCAGGACGUGAUCAGUAUUCUGCAUGAGCAGACGAAGAUCAGCCGGCGGUGUUUGGACAUGCAGAAAUCCAUGGAACAGCUGCAGAAUCUCUUGGGCCAAGUACUUGUGGCCCGAAGCGAAACUGGCGCCGAUGCAGGUGUUACAUUCCGACGCCAGGACACGAACUUCUACGUGUAGCCUGUAGCCUUGCUCUCUGAGGCAGCCAUGUGCUGCCACGAGCACAGCGCUCACGGCGCUCUGAGCGGCCCCAGCUUUCCUUUCUUGCCACUGAUUUACGCCAUGGUCAAAAAGAGU